AGAUGUCUCAUUUUUCUAGUGAAGAUGAAGCUCUUUUGCAAUCUAUGCUCAGACAGUUACUGCAAAGUGUCCGAGAGAAAAUUACAGGAGCACCGUCAGUUGAGUGUUCAGAAGAGAUUUUGCUGCAUUUAGAGGAAACUGAUGAAAACUUUCAUAAUUAUGAAUUUGUGAAAUAUCUUAGACAAUAUAUAAGUAGCACCCUGGGCUCUGUAAUAGAAGAAGAAACGGAGAAAUGUACAUCUGCACAGAAUCAGGGUGAAGGAUCUGGCUAUGAUACGCUUGUGCAGCAUGUUACUAAAAAGACCCGAGAGUCAAAAGAGUACAGAGAAAUGAUGCAUUCUCUGAAGAAUGUCAUGAUGGUUGUUGUUGAAUCUCUGAUUAAUAAGUUUGAAGAAGAUCAAAUGCGCUCUAAAGAGAUGCAGAGGAAAGUGAAGACAGAGCAGCACAGCAGUUACCAUACUGACAACUGUUCUGAUAGUGAUUCUUCCUUUAAUCAGAGUUAUACAUUCAUGAAUCAAGAGCAAUUGCAGCUACUUGUGGAACGGCUAGAUCCUGCACAACCAAAAGAGGUGCGUCAGGAUGCAAUGCAGACCCUGUGUUCUGCACCUCCAUCUGAUAUAUUAAACUGUGAGAGCUGGACUAACUUACAUAAACACCUUGCAGCAGCCCUCUUGGAUCGUGAUCCCAAUUUCAGUGACAAAGUGUUGAAAUUCUAUGCCAGGACGUUUUCUUCCUGUCCACUAAAUAUGACAAAAGAACUCUACACAAGUUUAGCAAAAUACUUAGAGCUGUUCUUUCUUUCUGAAGAUAAUAAUGUUCCUUCUAUUUCAAUGGGUGUUGAUAUAAGUAACCCGGAUAUAAUUCGUUUACUUAAAAAGAUCCGUUUGCUAAAUGAGUACCAGAGGGAAGUCCCAUCAUUUUGGAUUCGUCAACCAGAAAAGUACAUGGAAGAAAUAAUGGAGAGAACUCUUUCACUUCUGUCAGUAACAUGUGAACCAAACUGCACAGUUUCUCUAAAAUCAUUGGAUCCAGUGUACUUCUUGGCUCUGGUUGAUCUCAAAGCUGUUUGGUUUAAAAAAUGGAUGCACGCCUAUUAUAGCAGAACAGUGGUGUUAAAGCUACUUGAAAAGAAAUACAAAUCUUUGAUUGCUGCGUCUAUUGAGCAGUGUGUUUACUACUUAGAAGCUUGUGAAUCAGUAGUUCAUGGGACUUGCAGGUGUCAUUCUUUCUCUGAGUUGCAUACUAGUAAUAAACAGAAGAAUUUCUACAGCGGAAGAGAAUUGCAGUAUAUACAUUUUGUUCAUUCCGUGAGCCUCUUAGGCAGACUGUUGAUAUAUAAACAAGGCAGGAAACUGUUUCCAGUUCAACUGAGAAACAGAAAAGAUCUGAUGUCUGUUACAGACCUUGUUAUAAUGUUUAUUCAACUUAUCUGCUGUUCCCCCAAUUGCCCAAAGGCUCUUACUGUUCAUACAGGCAAUUAUUCCCCAGCUGGCCUCAUUACUGAUGUGCUAAGAAUUCUUUGUGAUCGCAAAGAGUGUGCAACUGAAUGUCUGUAUACGGAUACAGUGAUAGAGGCACUUCUUCAACCAAUACAUUAUUUAUUGAAUGAAAAAGAAAUGCAUCUGAACUGCCGAGAAACUACUCUAAUACAUAUAGCUGAUAUUUUGGCAAGGGUUGCUGCUGUAGAUGAUGGUCUUUCACUUCUUCUUUAUGGAGGUGAAAUGCCCUCUGCCACAGACAAUAGAAGCCAGAAGGGUGCACAUACAAUAGUUCAAUUUACAAAGAAGCUUCUGGAUGAAGAUAUUUCCGUUUUGUCUGGGUCUGAGAUGUUGCCAGUCCUCAAAGGUGCUUUCAUCUUUGUGUGCCAUCAGAUGUAUAGUACCUGUGAAGGUUUAGAGGUGCUGCUACCUUACUAUUUACAUGAAUCUAUAGUAGAGACUUGGAAAAAGAAUAGUUUACUUUCAGAGAGAAUUUCUACUCCUAUAGCUGGGACAGUGUGUAUUUCAUCUGUAAAUCAAGAAUUGCAGAGCUUUGCUGUAUUGGAAGAGACUUUGUUAGAUGACUUGCUAAAUUUUGCUGCCACACCAAAAGGGCUUUUGCUGCUACAGAACACAGGAGCAAUCACUGAGUGUGUGACAUUCAUGUUUGGCAGAUUUUCAAAAAACUUCCAGGUCAGUGGAUGUGAAAAGUUUGGCUAUGGGGUAAUUGUUUCACAAGUGGCAGCGACUGCAUCAGGAGCUAUAGCUCUACAGAAUUCUGGAUUUAUAAAAGCAUUUGUUACUGAGUUAUGGGCUAUUCUAGAAUGUGGAAGAGAUGAUAUUAGAAUUACUCAUCCCAGAUCAACACCAGUAGAUCCCAUUGAACGAAGCUGUCAGAAGUUUUUUCUAGCUCUGAUCAACUUGUUAUCCUACCCAGCUGCUUAUGAACUGAUAGGCCAGCAAGUGAUUCCUAACAAACCAGAAUAUUCUCUUCGUGAAGUUCCCACAGGUAUUAUAGAUAUCGUCGACAGACUUAUUAUUGUGGAUACAGAUGCUAAAGUUCAUUCAUUAUUCAAUUAUGAGCAGUCACAUAUGUUUGGACUGAGGUUAUUAAAUGUACUAUGCUGUGAUCUAGAUAUACUUCUGCUUUUAGAAUCUCAGUUUAAGAUAUCAGAAGUGCUGUUAGAUGCACAAAAAGAGAAUGCCAUCACAAUUUCUGAUAAUUCUCUAGAGUUUAUAAUUGAUGGCUUAUCAGUAGAAAGAAACCAUAUCCUUGUUAGAAUAAAUGUUCUUGGAGGACCAACGGAACGGAUCUUGCCUUCAAGAAUAGUGCAUACGGGUGAUGAUCCAUAUCCCUGGCCAAUGUUUUCAUCAUAUCCUUGUCCGAUGUGUUAUCUUGGUGGAUUUCCUAGAACAACUGAUGUGAGACAAGAUGAUGAUGUAAGCAAACUUUUAUCUGAUCUAAAGAAUCCAGAUAAACAAAUUGGAUGGAUUGAAAAUAUUCAAAUACAGUUUCGUGAAAUCAUAGAAAGAAAACCAUAUGUUGUGAGUGGAACAAAUUUGGGAGAAUUAAUUGAAAAGUUUGUGUUUCAUCUCUCUGAAACACCAUCAGAAUGUUACUUUAUUGACAAAGAAUAUAAAGCUGAUGCAAAUGUUACAACUAAAAGCCUUACAUCUGUACAGCAGCUUGGCAUUAAGAUGACUAUCAGUUAUGGCAAACGUUUGACCCUGCUGAGAGAGAAUGCUGAAAAUGAUCUAUGCCAAGUAUUAAUGCAUUGUGAUAAAUUUUUGAAGCAACAACAAACACCUGUAAAGUCAUCACUACGCAGUCUUCAGGGAGGAUAUGUAAGCUAUGACUGGUUUGCAUCUUCUGUCUUUCUAAUAAUGAUGGGAAACAAAGAGAAAACAUUAACAUUUCUUCAACAGUUCUCCAAUCUUCUUGUCUCUGCAUUCCUUUGGAUGCCACGACUACAUAGUUCUAUUCACUUGCCUGUUGACACAGCAGCAUCUGGCAUCCAUCCAGUCUAUUUUUGCAGUGCACACUACGUCGAGAGGCUGCUGAAGGCUGAGUUGCCCCUUGUCUUUUCCGCUUUCCAUAUGUCUGGCCUCGCUCCAUCACAGAUCUGCCAGCAGUGGUUAAUGCAGUGCUUCUGGAAUUAUAUGGACUGGAGUGAGAUCUGCCAUUACAUUGCUAUUUGCAUUUUCCUUGGCCCUGACUAUCAAAUAUAUAUGUGUAUAUCUGUGUUCAAACAUCUACAGCAAGAAAUCCUUCAGCAUACACAGAACCAGGAUCUCCAAGUUUUUCUUAAAGAAGAAGCACUUCAUGGAUUUCAAGUGAGUGAUUACUUCAGAUACAUGGAAAGCUUGGCUUUAACGUACAGACCAGUACUGCUAAGAGACAUGAAGAACAUUAGAGUGCAGAGCACAUAGAUCAAGGAAAUGAGCAUCUCAUUUCACAUUUUAGUUAUGUUCUUAAGGAGUCACUGAUUGUUUAUUUUAUAUAUAUCUCUGUAAAAAUGCAUUCAUUCGAAACAUUCAUACUGCCAAAUCAAUAAUGAGUGUUUUCAGCAUACAACUUUCACAAGAUGACAUCCUCUAAAUUGGAUCGUCUGAAAAUAAACUCUUUUUUCUAGCUAGGCACCAUAGCCUUGUUUAUAUUUGGCUUCUGAACCUGCCCUUGAAUUACUUAAGGACC